AUGUGCGGUCGAGUCGCCCUGGCGUCGAGGGACGCCGUCAAGGCGUGCGCCGGGGUCGAUCGCGAGCUCACGAGCCCGACGCCGCUCGAGCGCGACGGCGAAUGGGCGCGCGCGGGCGGGCGGAACGCGUCGCCGGGGUGUGCAAUCGCGGCGGUUCGUAUCGCGGCGGUUGAAGCGGACGAUGACGGUGCGUCCGCGAGGCUGGCGCGGGCGACGGUGGGCGAUAGACGCGCGUGCGCGAUCGAGGACGUCGUGUGGGGCGUGCGCUUCGAUUCACGUCGAGGCGGGAACUUCGAGCGGUCGUUCAACGCGCGGGUGGAGGGUUUGCUCGGCGGCGACGAGAGCACGUUCGCCGCAAAGUUGGCGAAGACGGUGAACGGUAGGUGCGUCGUCUACGUCGAUGGGUUCUACGAAUGGCGAGAGGAGGGACCGAAGGGGGCGAAAACGCGGGUGAAGCAGCCGUACAUGGUGCGACGUGCUGAUGGGAAACCGUUGGCGCUCGCGAGCGUGUUGACGCCGGAGAAGGCGCGCUCGGACGCCGUCGACGACUUCCCACGCAGAGAGGCCGCGGUGAUCACGAUGCCAUCCGCCGGGGGCGAACUUGCGUGGUUGCACGAUCGUCAACCGCUCUUUCUCUGGAACGAUCGCGAUUUCGACGAAUGGCUGUUCGGCGACUGGGCUCGAAUGGCGCGCGAGCGACGUGCCAAAGACGUCAAGGGACUCCUGCAAUGGCACCCGGUGACGACGAAGAUCAACCACGCCGCAUACGACGGCGAAGAUGCAUCGGCGCCUGUUAAGCGCGCCGUCGAGAAGGAUGCCGGAAGUGUCGCCGCCCUCUUCGCCGCGGCGACGAAGAAAAGAAAAGUCGACGACGAGACCGCCGUUCAGAUCGACUGA